AUGGCAAUCUCAGCAGCCGGAUCGAGUAGUGAUGCUGCACCAGCAUCACAAGGCGAGUACGAUGUGUUCCUGAAUUUCAGAGGAGAUGACACUCGUCAUGGAUUUACAGAUUUCCUCUACCACGACUUGAAUGCUGCGGGAGUCCACGUGUUCAGGGACGAAGAAAAACUCCCGAUUGGUGAAGUGAUUAGUGCGAAACUUAAACAAGCUAUCAAGAACACCAUAGUCUACAUACCGAUCUUCUCUGAGACUUAUGCUUCCAGUAAAUGGUGCCUUCGUGAGUUGAAGCUCAUGAUAGACAAUGUCUCUGAAUCAGAGGAUAAAAAAAGUAUCCUUCCCAUUUUUUUCCACGUGGAAUCCGACGAUGUCAAACUUAAGAAACCAUUAUAUGAAGCUGAUCUCAAGAAACACGAGGAGGACUUUUGUGAUGAAGUCGAGGGAUGGAAAGGAGCUCUUAUAAAGGUAACUGAACACAAGGGAUGGGUCGUGACAAAGGACCAAAGCCAAGCAGGGAUUGUUAGAUUGGUUGUUACAGAGGUUUUGGAGAAAUUGAAGAUAAAACGAAAAUUAGUGACUGAACAUUUUAUGGGACUUGAUGAUCAAGUAAAAGAAUUGAUGGAGUUCUUAAAUAUCAACCAUGAUGAUGUGCGAGUCAUUGGAAUUUAUGGCAUGGGUGGCAUUGGUAAAACAACUAUAGCCAAGGUCGUCUUCAAUCAACUGUGUUGCCACUUUGGACAAUAUUGUAGCUUCCUUGAGGGCAUUCGAGAAAGGUCGACUAUGGAGGGCAUAGUCCCGUUGCAGAAGAAAUUACUACAUGACAUCGGUGGUUUUGGAUUUGUAGAAAAAAUAAAUGAUGAUGAGGAAGGAAUGAGGAGAAUUGGAGCAAUACUCAGCAAUAAAAAGGUCCUUGUGGUUCUAGAUGAUGUUGAUAAGAAAGUACACAUUAAAAAACUCAUAGGAAAUUCCAAAUUAAAUCGAGGAUGUAGGAUAAUUAUUACAGCGAGAGACAAAGAUAUUCUGCACGUCGAGGAAUUUGAAGUUAAACGGCAUGAAAUGCAAAUGAUGGAUGAUAGUCUUGCACUUCGGCUUUUUUGUCGGCAUGCCUUUCUUGAAGACCAUCCUUCAAGUGAUUAUCGUGAGCUUUCAAGGGAAGUUGUCUCACUUAUGGGAGGGCUUCCUUUGGCCAUUGAAGUGGUAGGUUCAUUACUUAUAGAUAAGGAAGAUAAAAAAUUUUGGGAAGAGACAUUAGUCAAGUUAAGGAGAGCACCUAAGGAAGAGAUUGUAAAGAAGUUGAGGAUUAGCUAUAAUGAUCUAGACGAAUUACAGAAAAAAAUUUUCCUUGAUAUAGCAUGCUUCUUUUUCAAUGAGAAGAAGGCUGACGCAAUUUGCAUGUGGGAAAGUUGUGAAUUUUGUCCCACAGAAGCAAUUGAAGUCCUUACAAAUAGGUGCUUGAUAAAGGUAUUGGAGGAUGAGACAUUCUGGAUGCAUGAUCAACUUAUAGCACUAGGAAGACAAAUUGUCCAUGAAGACAGUCUAGGAGACUUUGGAAGGCGGAGUAGGUUUUGGAUUGCGGAAGAGGCCCUCCAAAUCAUAGGCACAGAAGAGGCAAGUAAGAAAUGUGCCAUAUUUAAAUAG